AUGUUCGCCGAGGGCCUCGACGCCCCGGUCUCGUUCUACCUCGACGCCGGGUGCAGUGCCGCUCUCGAGGGCAUGGUCAAGGCCGACGGCGGCAACGUGACCACAUUCGACCGUGCACAGUUCCUCGUGUUCAACGUCACCUCGGUGGCCGACCUCGACCGCGCGCAGACCGACAGGCUCCUCACCGAGCGCCGCUACUUCGGAGGGCGGGUCGUCACGCAGGAGUGGCUGAUCAGGUGUAUCGUGGCUCGGGAGGUGACGGGACUGCGCGAGAACGAGUUGGUAGUUGGCGUCAAGACCGAGUGA